AUGGGUAAUCCAGAAGUUCCAAUUCCAUAUACUCCAACUAAUUCACCAAUUGAAGAAUGGGUUGAGUAUAAUGGUGCUAAUUUCAAAACUGUUACUUGGAAAGUACCAAGUGAUAAAAAAUAUAAAGGUAAAAUUAUUUAUGUACAUGGUUUUGCUGAAAAUAGUAAAGUUUAUACAGAAUAUUUUGAUAAUAUAUCAUUAUUAGGUUAUGAAGUUUUCUUUUUUGAUCAAAGAGGUGCUGGUGAAACAUCCCCUGGUAAAUUGAUUGGUGAAACAAAUGAAAAAUUUGUAUUUGAUGAUUUAGAUUUUUUUAUCAAGAGAAAUUUAGAUGCUAGAACUAAUGAAAAUGAAAAAUUCUUUUUAAUGGGUCAUUCAAUGGGUGGUGGAAUUGUUUUAAAUUAUGGUAUUAGAGGUAAAUAUUUAAAAAAUUUUAAAGGUAUAGUUGCUUGUGGUCCAUUAAUUGAAUUACACCCUAAAACAAAACCAAAUUUUUUAUUAAGAUGGGCGUUACCUCAAGCUGCUAAAUUUAUACCAAAUUUUAAAUUUGAUAGUGGUUUAAAUUAUGAUUUUAUUACUUCAAAUGAAAGAUGGAAACAAUAUAUUAUGAAACAUGAUCAAAAAUUAAUUGGUACUUUUGGUCAAUAUGAUGAUAUGUUUAAAAGAGGUUUUGAAUUAUUAAAACCAGAAUAUGUAGCUAAAUUUGAUAAAGAUAUUUCAGUUUUAAUUGUUCAUGGUACUACCGAUUUUAUUAAUGAUUCAAAAGGUAGUGAAAAAUUUUUCAAUUUAUUACCAAAUGAUGUUGAUAAACAAUUUGAAUUGAUUAAAGAAGGUAGACAUUCAUUAUUUAAUGAAAAUGAUGAAUUAUUUAAAAUUGUUUUAAAAUAUGUCGUAGAUUUUUUAGAUUUAAAAGUUAAAGAAGAAACAACAAGUGCUUAA